AUGAACUCAGACAUAGGUGGAGAGAUUGCAGGGAGUGCUGUGAGCUUUCUUCUUCUAAAACUUGAGGCUUUCGCAAGUAGAGAAUGGAAUUUGCAGGAAAAUAUCAAAAUGGCAGUCCAAAAUUUAGGACGCGAGCUGCGGAGCAUUGAAGCCCUACUGAGAGAUGCUGCUUCAAAGAAAGAGCAUGAUCACCAAUUCACAGUCUGGAUUCAAAAUGUCCGUGAUCAAGCUUAUGCCAUUGAGGAUGUUCUUGACCUGUUCAGGCUCGAUCAAGAAUCAGUGUGGCGCCGCUUGAAAAUGCGUCACUCCAUCAACAACUUGAUACAGGAUAUUGACUGGAGUCUCCAAAAUAUUCAGCGGACAAAGGAGAGGUAUCGCAGCAUGGCCUCCUAUUCAACCAAUGCUGGCAACAACACAUACCUUCAUGUGAGAAUGGCUCCUUUGUUCAUUGGUAAUGUUGAUACCGUGGGCAUUGAGGAGCCUACAAAUAAGCUGGUUUCUUGGGCCUUGGAACCGAAACAGAGGCUUGAGGUGAUGUUCGUGGUGGGGAUGGCUGGACUGGGGAAGACAACUCUUGUCCACAGCGUGUAUGAGAGGGUGAAGCAGAACUUUGAUUGCCAUGUCUGGACCACAGCCUCAAAGUCCAAAACCAAACUCGAUAUCUUAUGGACCUUGUUAGUAGAGGAAUUGGGCUGUACAAUCACACAGGGGGCCGAUGUGGUUGCUCUGACGCAUAAGCUGCGAAAAUUUCUCAACAACAAACGGUAUGUCAUAGUUCUUGAUGACUUAUGGGUAAAAGAUGUGUGGGAGUCCAUUAGACUAGCCUUGCCAAAUGGUAAGGACAGUAGAAUAAUUAUCACUACAAGGAGAGGCGAUAUAGCUAAUUCUUGUAGAGAUGAUGAUUCUAUUGAUAUCCACAAGCUUCAGCCACUGUCACCGCAAAGGGCUGAGCAACUCUUCUAUAAGAAAGCUUUCUCAAGAAAUGGCAGAUGUCCUUCAGGUUUGGAGGAAGUCUCCAAAUCCAUUUUACAGAAAUGUGAUGGAUUACCACUUGGGAUUAUUGAAAUCGGUAGACUUUUGUCCAUUAAGGCUCCAACUAAAAAUGAGUGGAAAAUAUUACAUGAUAGCCUUGAGUCUGAAUUGAGAAGCAGUGGUGAGCUUUCAAAUAUUAUGAAAGUGUUGUCUGCAAGUUACAAUGAUUUACCUUACCAUCUCAAGUAUUGUUUCUUGUACAUGAGCAUCUUUCCUGAGAGCAACCCAGUUAAGCGAAGAAGACUUAUUCGGCUAUGGAUAGCUGAAGGGUUUGUGAUAGAGAAAAGAGGCAAAACGCUUGAAGAGGUUGGGGAAGAGUACCUGAAUGAGCUGAUUGACAGGAAUCUGAUAAAGGCAAAUGAAAUGGAUUUUGAUGGAAGGCCGACAAGUGUGGGAGUUCAUAGUCUCAUGUUGAAGAUGAUUCUCUCAGUCUCACAUGAGGAGAACUUUUGUACUGUCCGUACAGGGGCAGUAAGAAAGUUGACUGAGAAUACCCGCCGCCUAUCUAUCCAGAAGGAAGAUUUUGAUGUGUCUCAGGACUUACCCUGUGUUCGAACCUUCUUCAGUUUCUGCAUAGGCAAAGUAAGGAUUGGUUCCAAUUUCAAACUAUUGAAGGUCUUGGACAUACAGGGCACUCCUUUGGAAGAAUUUCCGAGUGUAAUUACAGAUCUUCUGCUCUUGAGGUACUUGAGUUUGAGGAAUACAAAUAUAAGGAGAAUCCCUCGGUCCCUCGGUGACCUUCAUCACCUUGAGACCUUGGAUCUUAAGCAGACUCUGGUAACAAAGGUACCUAAAGAAGUCCUACAAUUGGAGAAACUUCGCCAUCUGCUGGUUUAUCGCUACAAUAUGGAAAGUGUCCUACCUUUUGAUAUUGUUCAGGGGUUCAAGGCACCAAAGAGGAUGGGCGCAUUGAAGAACCUACAAAAGCUAUCAUUUGUAAAGGCGAGUGGGCAGCACAGAAUGAGUCGGCAGCACAGUAUGAUACAAGGGCUCGAAAGUCUUACGCAGUUGAGGAAGCUGGGCAUUGUAGAACUGGCAAAAGAAGAUGGGACGAGCUUGUGCCACGCAAUUGUGAAGAUGCGAAAUCUCCAUUCCUUGAAUGUGACAUCUCUUAAUAUAGAGGUGUCUCUAGAGCUUGAUGCAAUGACCAAUCCGCCGCCCCUUCUUCAACGCUUGUACCUCAAAGGGCCUUUGGAAAGGUUUCCAAAGUGGGUAUCUUCUCUACAUGACCUGGUGAGAAUUCGCCUAAAAUGGUCUUCACUCGCAGAAGACCCGAUUGCAGCUCUUCAAAACCUCCCAUAUCUCGUGGAGCUGCAGCUGCUUGAUGCAUACACUGGAACCCAGUUGGACUUCAGGUCGGGAAAAUUUCAGAAGCUUAAGAUAUUAGACCUUCAGCAAUUGGAACAGCUGAAGUCUAUCAUAAUGGAAGAAGGCACAUUGCCUUGCCUACAAAAGCUGAUCAUAAGCCACUGUAGCAAGCUGGUGCAGGUCCCUACAGGUAUUGACAAGCUCAUUCACCUCCAAAUGCUGCUGCUGCACGAUAUGCCCGAACCAUUUGUGAUCAGGCUGAGGAAAAAUGGCGGUCGAUUGCGCCGUUUGGUUCACCACAUUCCGUGUAUUCAUUCAUAUAAUCAGGGCCAGUUGGAAGAUCUUUCUUGA